AGGGCGCGCGCCGAGGCGACGUGCGCGCUCCUGACGCAGGGUUUUGUCUGGCAAAGCGCAGCGUUGUUCUUCAGAGGCUGGCGCACACCGCAGGAGCAAGAGCAGCUGCACAGAGUCAUUUCACCUCCGCAAGAGUCUCCUCGUGUGCGCUCCUGCUCCUCCUGCUCCUCCUGCUCCUCCUGCUCCUCCUGUUCCUCCUGCUCCUCCUGCUCUCCGCGGAAACAGCGCGUCGAACACUAUACUGGGUUUUAAAGCACACUUCUGCCAUGGAGGACCAGCUGCUGUGCUGUGAGGUGGACUCCAUCAGGAGAGCCUACCAGGACACAAACCUGCUCAAUGACCGCGCGCUCCACACCAUGCUCAAGGCGGAGGAGAACUACCUGCCCUCACCAAACUACUUCAAGUGUGUCCAGAGGGAAAUUGUGCCCAAAAUGAGGAAAAUAGUUGCCACAUGGAUGUUAGAGGUUUGUGAGGAGCAGAAAUGUGAAGAGGAGGUUUUUCCACUGGCUAUGAACUAUUUGGACCGAUUUUUAUCAGUGGAGGCCACGAGGAAAACCCGACUGCAGCUGCUGGGAGCUACCUGCAUGUUUCUGGCCUCCAAGAUGAAGGAGACCGUCCCCUUAACGGCAGAGAAACUCUGCAUCUACACGGACAAUUCAGUUCAUCCGUCCGAGCUGCUGCAAAUGGAGCUUCUGCUUCUCAACAAACUCAAGUGGGACCUGGCCUCGGUCACGCCGCAUGACUUCAUCGAGCACUUCCUGUCCAAGCUGAAGAUUCACCCGUCCACCAAACAGAUCCUCCGGAAACACGCGCAGACGUUUGUGGCCCUCUGUGCUACAGAUGUGAACUUCAUCGCCAGCCCUCCUUCGAUGGUGGCGGCCGGCAGUGUGGUCGCUGCAGUCCAAGGCCUGUACCUAAAGAGCCAUGACGCCUCCUUAUCCUCUCAGAACCUCACCAACUUCCUCUCACAAGUCAUCCGCAGUGACCCGGACUGUCUGCGCUCGUGUCAGGAGCAGAUCGAGUCUCUGUUGGAGUCGAGUCUGCGACAGGCGCAGCAGCAGCACCACAGCUGCACAGAGAGCAAACGUGUGGACGGGGACGUGGACCUGUCCUGCACCCCCACAGACGUACGGGACGUCAACAUCUGAGGACGCGGCUCACAAAGAGACAGAUCUAUGAACAACGGAGGGCUGGGACACGUGGCUGCGGGCCAGAACCCACUCGCAAGUGGCCCCAAAGUCACAUUUCUGCUAAUGUCCCGCCCCCACAAGGGAAUGCAACGCUGAGGGCUGGAGCGCAAGCCACGCAAAGAGACAUUCAGUAGAUACUCUUCCCUCAAAUAUUAAACUAGGAAUCUUCAAAUUACCACAGACUUGCCUACUAAACAUCCCAAAGUGUAACGUAGGCCUUAGUUUGUCUUCAGGGUUUGCCCUGAACUAUAAUUAUUAUUAAAGACAGAGGCUUUUUGUUUGUUUUUUUUAUACUUAGAGCGUUUUAGACUUGUCCGAGCUCCUGUUUGUUGCAUCGCAGGCAUUCGUAUACCCCCUGCUUGCUUAUGUUUAGUCACUUUAUAUAUCCAUUUAGACCUUUAUCAGUUAGUCUUAUACCUCUUCUUUUCCGAGCAUUUGUUUUCGUAGUUCUGAGCUGCGCUGUUGAUGAGAGCCGCUGUGGGAUGCUGAUGAAAUGGUUUGGACAGAAUGGCUUGUUUGUCCAUCCAUUGAUUUGCUUUACCGUUUAACUUGCUGUAGUUUGAGAAGCUUGACCCGACGCACAUGCAAGCACAGCAGUCCAGUGUGCAUUCUUUCUCUUACUAGAUCUAAAACCAUUCAGACUUUUAUUCUUAAAAAAGCACUUUUAGUCAGCAUGGCUGGCUCAACUAAAAAAAAAAUCACAGUAAGUUUGGAUUGGGGACAGAGUAGAAGUCGUGGGGGAGGAUGGGACAGGACCAGUCAGGAUUGGGAGCUCGUAGAAGCUGCUGUCACGUAACGUCUCUGGUUUGGUUUAAUCAGCACAGUACUGGGGUAAAGUCAAAGAAGUAUUACUCUUAAGGUAAAAUGAGUUUUUUUUUUUGAGAAAGUAUUUAUUUUUUAGAUUACCUUCUGUAGUUUGCAUAAUGAAACGUGCUGAUAUAACCAAACCUUUGCCAUGAAAUCCCAGUCUAAACGCCAGUGCUCUACCUGACCUCGUACUGCUCAAGGAUUUUGGGAGGGGGACGAAGCUACAAGACGUAAAAGAAGGGGAGGGGGGGCUUUAGACAAGAUUUUGCACAAAAACUUCUAAACGUGGGCUGUGUAUCUGAGGAGACUUCCCUGACAAAAACAGUGGGGCGAGUGAAAGUGGCUAAAGGGGUUGGACUGCACCGGAGGACCAGCAGCAGCCACUUUCAAUCACUGAGGAGGAGGAGGAUGUGCUGGGCUGGAGGACCCUGGAUGUGGGACAGAGUAGGAGACAAACACUCCUUUAAUCCGCUGCUAUAGAAAUAAACCCCAGCUACGUGUUUGAAUAAAAACAGAAAAAUGAAAAAGACAAAACAAAUGAUUCCAGUGAUGCUUUUUCCUGAUGUUUGCUGCUAAUUUUUGGUUGUUUUGAUAUACAUAUAAAUGUCAAUAUCCUGCCAUUCUAGGGUUGAAUUUUCUCAUAGAAAAUGUUGUUAUUGACAUCCUCAUUGUUGUAAUGUAGAUUCUGUGUUAUCAGUUUGUUUUGUGUAUGAUGAAUGAUUCUCCGUACUAUUCCAAAAACAAGGACAAUGAGAGCGUCUUCAGUAAUGCUUGAGCCACGAUACCUCAUAUGACAGUUCAGAUCUCUAUUUGUGUUUGUUAAGUUCUUGCUUGUUGGUUCAGUGCCUGUCGCUGUGUUUCCAGCAGUUCCACGGCACAGUUUGAACCUGGUGCCAUAACAGUAAAUGGGAUGUGUGUAACUCUGUUGAGUGUUAAGCUGUCUCGCUGAAAGAGACUUUAUCCGCCCUUUGGGCCCAUGGUGGCCUUCCUUUCCCCCUUUUUAUAUUUAUAAAAAAAAACUAAGAAAAAAAACAUCUUUUGCUCCAGUUUUCAGUGAGUCCAUCUACAUUUGUAAAUAGAUUGUCUGCUCAUUAAGCCAUAGACUCUUGUUUUACAAAUCAUUCCUCACAGUUGUUCUACAUCAUGUAGGUUGUCUACAACUGUAUUCAUUUGGGUCAUCUACACAAUAAAAGAUGAAUUAGAAGCUG